GUUCUGACCAUCCAUGUGAGAAGGAACCGCCUGGACAGCAUCCAGAGACAGAACCUGCGUAGAGGGCUGACCCAGGCUCUGAGUAGAGCUCUGAAUGACACCACUGCCCAGGCUCAGGUGGAGACUGUGUUCGGCUCUCCCAACGUGACGGUGGGCUACCACGUAAUUGGAGCAGACAUGGUGUACCCGCCCUCUGUGGUGGUCGAGGCACUUCACUCCUACGGCCGGGAUAGGCUGAUGGGUGACGUGCGACAGUUUGUCCCCAUGGUAACGGCGCUGCCCAACACAGCCGCACCAUGGAAAUCCAGCCCAGCUAUCAGCCUCCAGCUCAAAACAGUUUUGCGCUUUGUAGGUCCAGGAGAUGACCCGCGUUCCUGUCGGUUCUCGCAGAUGAUGGAACAGAGGCUGGAGAACGUGUUCUCUGAGGCCCAGGCCAAAGUCCUGGACGUCCACACCAGACUCUCUGUCCAGAUGCUUGGUGUUUCUCAGUCAGUUGGUUCUCCUGCUGUGUCUCUGGUCUACAUGGUGAGGAACGGGACCGCCCCUCUCAACGGCACCGCCGCCUCGAACCUCCUGGGUCAGCUGACCGCCGAGAUGGUCGGCUACUUCCUGUUCUACCCACCGCUGGUCAUUGCUGAACCAUUGGAAUACCACAACCUCAAUACCUCAAUCGCUACCAGAGACUUCUGGGUAAUCACAGUCAUCCUGGAUGUGGAUAACUCAUCUCUGGAGAGCCAGUACCAGAGCUUUGCCAGUCUCAUGGAGCAGCGCCUGGCUGAGCUGUUUGUGGUUGCUCGCCAGCAAGGCACUCGCUUCAGGAGAGCCACCACUGUGGACAGCUACACUGUCCAGAUGGUGAGUAUCCGUCGAGUGAUGGGUCAGAAGAACCCAGCAGAGAUGACCUACUACGUUCAGCUCAACGGUCUUCCCUUACCGGGCACGUCAGCCGCCAAGGUCCUGAACACGCUGGACUCUCAGACCAUGGCCCUCACACUGGGUUACUUCAUUCAGCUGCAGGCUGAACCUGUGGUGAAGAAUCCUCCAAACAAUCUGUGGAUCAUCGCAGCGGUGCUGGCCCCUAUCGCCGUGGUAACACUCAUCAUCAUCAUCAUCACCGCCGUGCUCUGCCGGAAGAACAAGAGCGACUUCAAAGCCGACGCCAUGGGCAACCUUAACCCCCGUGUCAAGACGUCAUAUCGGAGGGAUGUUACAGGAUAUUACCACCAGCCUGUCCAGGGGUUUGACUAUGCCAAGCAGCACCUGGGCCGCGUGCAGGGUGGGGAGGGAGAGACCCUCCCCGUGACCCAGGACACCCUGGUGCUGCCCCUGCCCAUCCGGGAAGCUCCUCUCUCCCUCUCCCUGGAGAAGGCCCUGCACCAGGACGGCACCGCCAACAAGAAGACCCUCAACUCGGACAUACGCAAGAGCAGGUUGCCGAGCGAGGACGGUUCCGUCAUCAGCAACGAAUCAGAGAAGCUCAACUCUGGUCGGGGCUCGGCGGCUCAGAAAGUCACAGCACAGCAGAAAUUGACAAAGGAGGAGACACGCAAGAAGAACGAUCCCUACGACACCUCGUUUGGUUCCCUGCAGCUUAUUUCCAUAAAGCCCAUGACUGCUCCGCCCACCUAUUCACACCCCGCCUCCUCUGACCGCAGCCAAGACUCAGCCAUCCUCAAUGGAAAUGGAGAGGUGAACCUAGCUCUGAAGCAGAAGUCCGACAUAGAGCACUACAGGAACAAGCUGAGGCUGAAGGCCAAGAGGAAAGGGUACUAUGACUUCCCCUCAGCGGACGGCAGCGGGAGGGGUAGCAGGGCGCUGGCACAGAGGCAGAGACACGGACAUGAGAGGGCACCUGGAGAGCAUGGCCCACCACUGGAGCCUGAUGAAGACCGAGCAUCCACCUACGUCAAGUCCAGCAGGAGACACUCUCAGGUGAGGCAGCGGACCUAUCGGAGCAGGCAGAGCCUGAACAGCCCGAGUACCGGAGGAACAGAGAUGGACCUGCUGGUUAUGAGGGAGAGACCCAGGAGAGGCAUCAGGAACAGCGGCUAUGACACUGAACCGGAGCUGAUUGAGGAGACCAACGUGGAUCGUCUGAUUGGCCCGCGGGGGGGUUAUGUCUGCCCCAGAGGGGUCAAAGGUCACUCAGAGACCUCCACGUUGAGCUCCCAGCCGUCCAUCGACGAGGUACGCCAGCAGAUGCACCUGCUCUUGGAGGAGGCCUUCAGCCUGGCCUCAGGGGGACACUCCUCCACAGCCGGACGCCACCACCACUCCCAUCAUCCCCACCCCCACCACGGUUACCACCACGGCCACUACAGCCCCGGACCUCCACCCCUGCCCUACUCUGACGUGGUGACCAGUGCCCCGGGAACCAUGAGCCGUGGCCGGGGAGGAGGACUGCAGUGGGUGCCGGCCACGGAGCAGACAUGUAUCAGAAACCCCAUCACAGCGGUGUACGCCAUCCCAGCCUCGCGGUCGGGUUACUCUGAGUACUUUGCCUCCACGCCUCCGUCCUCCUACCACAGCCCAUCCUGGAUGUCCUACCCCCCCGAGCCUGAGGACGUGCCUCCCCAGUGGGCUGACUCUGUAAGAACCCCCCUACUCUCCACACUCACCGCGUGGCUCUCCCGGGGGUACGUGGAGGCCUUCCCUCAUCCCCGCUACCCUCAAGGCAGCUCCCCCAGACUCCCCCUACACUACGGCCAGGCCAUGGAGCCACCCCCCACCCCGACCACCGCCGCGUCCCAGCAGAGCCUGCCCGAUACGGGGGAGCAGAGAGACAGAGUCCCCCUCAGCAGUCUCUCCACAUCUGCCCUGGUCCAGGCCAUCCGCCAGGAGGUGGCAAAGCUGGCCAAGAAGCAGACAGACAUGUUUGAGUUCCAGGUGUAA